AUUAACAGGACAUGCCUGAUUCAAAUGUUGUUAAAAUAUGUAGAAGAAAGCAAAGUUUUCCCACUAAAUCAGAUUGUAUGGAAUCCCCAGUAGCGGUUGACGGAUUAAAAGAUAAAAAGAGCCAAAAAUGUAGCAGUACAUCAUCUCUAUCUACUUCUCAAAGGGAUAUGUCUUGUUCUAAUUGUGGUACUUUGACAACAACAAUUUGGAGGCGUAGUGUUAGAGGAGAAAUGGUUUGUAACGCUUGUGGAUUAUAUUUCAAACUUCAUGGCGUCAAUAGACCACAUUCUAUGAGACGUGACACAAUUCAUACACGGCGCAGGCGUCCAAAAGAGUGCGAAAAAUCUAAAAAAAGAAACAGGUCAACACCCAUCAAUACAAUAGUUGAAUAUGAGACGGAUAAUAUAAAUGACCCAGUAGAAUGCAAAAAAAUGAGUGUGCCUCUGACCCAGGAGACUUCAACAUAAAAAAAAUUAGUAUUUAAG